AUGCCUCUCAGGACGUUACUUGUCUUAUUAGCCUUUACGCACGCCUCUCUGUCCCUGUGGAGCGAUGGUGAAACGCAAGGUAAAACAGGCGACAAAACGGGCGCGCACUUGGCGAGAACUUUCCACUGGACCUCAAGGGAGAGCCACCCUAAUACCAAGUCACGGGAGCACCACGCCACAGGUGCAGGAGCAGCGGGUGGUGGCAAAGCGUCACACAACUUUACGCACCCGGGGGGGAGAGUGGUAAAGGAGGCGAGAAAGACCGCGCGCAAUAGCGGCAACAAUAACUUGAAUAGGACAGUGACGAGCGCUCAAGACGCGCACUGGGACCUAACGCGUCAACAGCGUAACAAUAACAAGAGGAUAAAGUUGAAUGGUGGGCUUAGUGCUCCAGCAGCAGGUGGACACUACAAUGCGCCUAAGCCCUCUUCAGUACGCGUGGAGGAGGUGGGGGGCGACGGGCGUAAAAGCGUCUCCAAAGAAGAUGGGCAUAAGAAAGCAGCGUCUAAAAGGGGGAAGACUCACCGAAACAAAAGCGAAAAAAUAAUCCAAGCACAGGCGCUCUCCGCGUUUUGGGAGCCCAUGCCCAAACCAGUGGCGCUUACGUCCACGGAUCUGCCCUUUGACAUGUACACAAGGAGGACAGACUACUUCUACACGUUCAGGGGUGAGGAAAACCCUUGGGACGCGACCCCUAUGACGCCCCCGAGUUCCCUGGAUUUCGUGGACGAGAUCAAGAACCCGUUUUGGCCCGUGACCAGCGAGACGUUCGGGGCAUACGCGAUCACGUGUGUCUCUGGAGUGAUAUUUCUCGUGGGGAUAGCAGGGAACAUCGCUAUCCUGUGUAUUGUGUGUCAGAAUUACUACAUGAAGAGCAUCUCCAACUCCCUCUUGGCUAAUUUGGCCGUGUGGGAUUUUGUUCUCAUCUUGUUCUGUCUUCCCAUGGUGGUUUUCCAUGAACUGACCAAGUCCUGGCUGUUGGGAGAGUUCACCUGCAAAGUUGUGCCCUACUUGGAGGUAAUGUUGAUGCUUAUCUUGAGUUUCCUUUGUUUGUGUACUGUCUCUUUGCAGUCUUUCUAA